AUGGCUGGAAUGAAUGGUUACAACGCCAGCACCGACCUUCCUCCUCCUCCGUACGUUCGAGCGCUCUACAACUACGAGGCCGAUGACCCUACCAGCUUAAGCUUUCAGCAGGGAGAUAUCAUACAAGUUAUUACACAAUUAGAGAGUGGGUGGUGGGACGGUAUAAUUGACGAUGUGCGCGGCUGGUUUCCGAGCAAUUACUGUACCGUCAUUGAUCCUGACAACCCGGAUGCUACUGGUGGCCCAGACGAGUCUGAGAUGAGUGAACAGUCUGGUACAGAGGAAGAUUACGAUGACGAGGACGAUUCUGAUGCUCAGACUCAAGAUGAAGAUGACUCAGAUCUGCCCAUCGAGGGUACAGGCUCGAAUUCUCAAGAGGAGGCUGGAUUCUGGAUUCCUCAAGCCACUGCUGACGGUCGUCUCUUUUACUUCAAUACCCGUACAGGCGUCUCGCGCAGAGAGUUGCCUCUGGAGACUCCCCCAAUUGGCGACGAUCUUCCACCAGAUUCGAGCAAUUUUCAUAUACCUGCACAAACCAGACCUCCACCUGAGAUGAUGGCUGGAGGAUAUCACAACGAAGAGGACUACGAUGGCUCUUCCUCCGAGCUAGAUACCGAAACAGUUCGCAAACCGAAAAGGUCCGACAUUCUUCCUGCUCAUCUCACUACGACGAUGCCGCCAAAUGGUAUCACUUCAACAUCCUUCUCAGUACCAAUACACCGAUACUCGAGAAGCUCUGGCGUGCCGCGCCAUUUCAGCGACAACCCAAUCACUACUGUCACGACGUGGGAGAGCUUGGUCGAAAAUAUGCGUACUGCUAUUCAGGCAUAUCGUGCUGCUAUCCAUCAAGGCGAACGCGCUGAAUAUGUCAGACGAGCUGAGGAUAUCUCUGAUCACCUCAGAAUGCUUCUUGCAGCUGGAUCAGGAACUACUGACAAUCACUCAGGAAAUCCGUCCAUAAUUUCAACCAACAAAGCCCUCUAUCCACAUUUCAGAGAGAUGAUGUCCAAAUAUUCAAAGUUGGUCCUGUCGUCCCACAUUGCAGCCGCCGACUGGCCAGUUCCAGAAACUGGGGCAAAAUGUUUGCAAGAGGCUGAUGGUGUCAUGCACGGUGUCUAUGGAUUCGUCGAGGUGGCUAGGCAGCAAAGAGGCGACGAUAUACCUCGUCUGGUUCCUGGAUUUGUGGCUGGUAGCUCGCUCGGUGGUUAUUGGCAGGACAACAAUAUUGAUGACCAGUCUAUACACGAAGGGAGUUCAUUCAUCCACCAGAGUGAGGAUGACGUUCGCUCAAAACCUGGCGUACCACUCGACGCUUUGUCUUUGCGCAGCGUAGAGGAGGCACGUUUCUCUCUCUUGAAUAGCUUACAACGACUCGAAGACCAACUGCAGUAUAGCGAGAGGAUCGUCACACCAAUGAGACAAGCCGAAAUUGGGGAUAAUGUUUGUAUGGGUUGUGGAGCUUUAAUCGAAUAUUUCAGGCCGUGGAUUGCUCUAGUCGAGUCAAUUGACCUUGGCAAGGUUGGAAAUAUCUUGCAGAAACCACUACUUCUCGACUUUGGUAACCAGAAACAGAAGGUGUACGACUCUAUCGGAGAACUAGUAGCCGCUUGUCAAGCAAUCACUGCGCCCUUGCCUGAUGAAUGGGCCGAGCUCCGAGACGAGUCACUGGACACAAGAUUGUCAGCCGUGCGCUCAGUCUGUAAGCAAUUUGACACCCACGUUUCGCAAAUCAACUACUCACUGCAACUUCUCGAAUCUUCUGUGACCGCGGCAGUCACUACAUCGAAAAAGGAUCAUCGAAACACAGCACCUACUGAUGCCUUGCAGGUUAAUGCCCAGCGUCUGAAUGAAAGACCACAUUUGGCUGAUAUAGGCCAUUCGAACUCCUACAGUGCUGGACAAGACACCACAGAUUUCAAACGGCCACCGAAGAAGGACAAAGCGAGGGAGUUCUUCGGCCAGGUGCCUCCUCUGCUGAAUGACGAGAAUAGUCAAGGACGUGUCAGCGACCAAAGACCGUGGUUCUUACAAAUGGAACACGAGAACGAAGUGCACCGAGACUUCAGGACCAACCCUCCGCAAGUGAAAAGUGGAACUCUCGCAGGGCUUGUGGAACAGUUGACGAGGCACGAUCGGCCAGAUCCAACAUUCAAUGCUACUUUUCUCUUGACUUACAGGUCCUUCAUAACAGCUUCUGAGUUGUUCGAAUUUCUGAUCAGUCGGUUCAAUACCCAGCCACCUCCGGAUUUGACACGUGACGAGCUUCUCAUCUGGGAAGAGCAGAAACAGAAGCCUGUCAGAUUUCGAGUUGUGAACAUCCUCAAAAUGUGGAUAGAGCACUACUGGAUGGAGGGGAACGAUGCAGAAAGUCAGCAAUUACUUGAACGUAUGAAUGUUUUUGCACGGAACACGGUGACGAACGCUAAGAUCCCUGGUGGCGCCCCUUUGGCCACAGUCGUAGAACAACGGUUGAAAGGUCAGGAUACAUCAGCAAAGAAGCUUGUCCUGACAUUGACUGGGAAUGCGCCAACACCAAUCCUGCCGAAGAAUAUGAAAAAACUCAAAUUCGACUCUAUUGACCCAAUGGAGUUUGCUAGACAGUUAACGAUUGUGGAGUCCAGGCUGUAUGGUCGAAUCAAGCCUGUUGAGUGCCUAGAGAAAAUCUGGGAGAAGAAGGACAACGACGAGGCAGGAGAUCGUGCGCCCAACGUUCGAGCUCUAAUAUUGCAUUCCAACCAGGUAACUAAUUGUGUUGCCGAGAUGAUUUUAGCGCACAGCGAGGUCAAGAAAAGAGUGAAUGUGAUCAAACAUUACAUACAAAUUGCCGACCGGUGUCGAGCCUUGAAUAAUUUCUCCUCCUUGACCGCCAUCAUAUCCGCCUUGGGCACCGCACCUGUACUCCGUCUCAAUCGAACUUGGGCAGCCAUGCCAGCUAAAACGAAAGAUCUUCUAGAAAGCAUGCGGACUCUUAUCGCCAGCACGAAGAACUUCAGCCGAUAUAGAGAGGCUCUGAAUACAGCCCAGGCACCAUGCAUUCCCUUCCUUGGUGUCUAUCUGACAGACCUGACAUUUAUAGAAGAUGGCAUCGCUUCAGUGGUCAAGAACACAGAAUUGAUCAACUUUACGAAACGGACAAAGACUGCUGAGGUAAUUCGAGAUAUACAGCAAUAUCAAAAUGUGCCUUACAACUUGACCGAAGUCCCUGAGCUGAAGGAAUGGAUCUUGGACAAUAUGCGAACCGCGUCUGAUGUACAUGAGAUGUACAACAAAAGUCUAGCAAUCGAGCCGCGAGAACGCGAAGAGGAGAAGAUCGCCCGGUUACUGUCAGAAUCUGGUUUCCUCUGA